AUGAACGUGUCCUCGCUGCAGUUGUCUUCAUUUUCUCAACAAUCAGUACAUACAUUUGGCAACGAUGUGGACGAUGAUUUUGAAGAUACGGAAACUCAAAGAAAUAACCUUCAACUAGAAAUUGAGCGUUCAAGAAUUAUUGAUAUUAUUAAUGAAAGUGUAAAUAAUAUAUCUAUUGCAUUAUGUUUAGACAAUUUCAUACAGAACGCUGAAGUUUUCAUAGUUCCAUAUUUUAAUAAAGAAGAACUGAAAAUUAUUUUCAAAGGAUUUUUAGAUAGAGAAAUGAGAGAAAUGGUUGAGACUAAAGGGAUUAGUGUACAUUAUGAUGAUAUAUCGAUUAACAAGCAAAUAGAAGACAAAGAUCUUACACCUUUGAAUGAAGCAUUAAAUAUAUUUUGUAAAAAUCCGAAUAUAAUAAAUUUAGCACGAUCAAAUUUCUUUGGUUCAAAAUGCAAGUCUGCAUCAACUGAGUAUGGUAUAUUUACAGCAUUUAGCGAAAUGUGUGAUUUUUUCAUUGAUCGGCUAAAUAUUCGAGCUGAUGAAGAAAGACGUGAAAGUGAUUAUUUAGUAGCCAUAUGGGAUAAGAACGAAAAGGCAAAAAUGAGAAUUGCCGAAUUACACAACACACUUAAAGAAAAACAAGCCAAAUAUGAAAGGCUAAAGAAGGAAAAAGGAGAAUACAUAAGUACACAUGAAGAAACUAUUAGAAACAAAACGUUACGCUGUCAAGAAGAAAUAAUACAAAAUACAACGAUAGCCGAACGACAUAUGGCAGAUGAUUGGCAUGUGAGUGUAGAAAAGCAACGUGAAUUAAAAGAAUUGUGUAAACAAAUUCGAAAUGAAAUGGAGACAUUAGUAGCAAAUCAUGUAUAUAUUGAAAAACAAAGUCGUGCCAAAAGGCUGAAAAUUGAAAUGCAGUUACUGUCGUGGGUGAAAAAAUAUGAUGAUGAAAUGGGGGAACGACAGGAUCGAUACGAUGUUUUAUUGAAACAAUUUGAGGAUGAAAAAUAUUUACUAGAGGAAAUGACAAAAAAAUUCGAAGAACAAGAACAAAUAUAUAUCGAAUUAAUGAGAGAAAAGAGAGAAUAUUUACAUAAAAUAUGGUUAGAAAAAGUAAGCCAUUUUAUAAGGACUAUUGCCGCAAGACAUAUUCAAAGAUGGUACAGAAGAAUUUUAAAAGCUACAGCAGCAAAGAAAAAAGCUGCUCAAAGAGCAGCGAAAAAAGGUAAAAAAGGCAAAUCUACUAAGCCAGAAUCAGCUGUAAAAAGUGCACCAACAGCUGUUGCUCCUAUAAAAGAUGUAGCGGGUACACAGCCAUUAAGUCAUGAACCAUCAACCGAUUCUAGACGAACUUCAAUGAGCAGUCGCAGGGCAUCUACUGUACCAAUUGGUGUGACGAAGAUUCAAACUGAACCUCGAGAAAUGAAUGUCGAUGAAAAUGAAACUGAAGAAAAUCAAAACGGUAAGAAAUUACCAAAAUUUGGAUAUGUUUCAACAUUUUUCAAGCCACCUUCAGAAGAAGAGGGGAACAAUUCGAAUGGCAACGUGGAUAGCAUAGAUUUAUUUUAA